GAAAGCCGGUAAAUAUCCAUGUUUUUCUUAAGGCCACACGUGUUGUCGAUGUUGCCGAAUGUGCAAGUAGAGGGCUCAGAGAGAUCUGAGCAAACUCGAAGGCCAAGAGCAGGAUCUGGGAAAUAUAGAGUGGAGAGGCAAGUCUUGGAUGAGCAGAGACUGGAAGAGCUAACAAAGAGAAAAUCACUCUCAGAAAUCCACAAACCUCUGACUGAUCAUUUAAAAGACGCCUUCAGAUGUAGUCUGCCAAAACUGAAGCGAAGCGCAAUGAGCAGUUGUCCUGUUAUCUACUGGCUACCGAAAUACUCGGUGUGGGACUAUGGGAUGCCUGACCUGGUCUCAGGGAUCAGUGUGGGGAUAAUGCACCUGCCACAGGGUAUGGCAUAUGCACUACUGGCUUCUGUACCUCCAGUGUUUGGGCUCUACACAUCUCUAUAUCCAGCUUUAAUUUACUUCUUCUUUGGGACAUCGCGUCAUAAUUCCAUUGGCACUUUUACUGUCCUCAGCAUCAUGGUGGGCAGUGUGACAGAGAGACUGGCUCCCGAUGAGUUUUUCUUGAAAACAAACGGGACCAAUUUAACUUUAGAAAUGGACGUAGCGGCCCGGGACGCUUACAGGGUGCAGGUGGCAGCCGCUACUACCUUCCUUGGAGGACUUAUUCAGGUGCUGUUAGGUGUUAUAAAGUUUGGCUUCGUGGGAACAUAUCUGUCUGAACCUCUGGUGCGGGCUUACACAUCAGCUGCAGCAGCACACGCUGUAGUGGCACAACUCAAGUACCUAUUUAAAGUUUCCCCGAAGCGCUUCGCUGGGCCUCUGUCACAAGUUUAUACUCUGGUUGACCUUUGCCUCUCGCUGCCAAAAACUCAUCUUCCCACUCUGCUGGUCAGCUCUGUAACGAUCGUUCUCCUGAUUGGAGCGAAGGAGAUCAACUCGUUUCUGAGCACAAAGCUGCCAGUCCCCAUUCCUGUGGAACUCAUCACAAUUGUAGCAGCGACUCUGUUAUCGUCCACUAUACACCUGAACAACAACUACAGUGUUUCAGUUGUUGGAGAGAUCCCGAGUGGUUUAAGCGCUCCCUCUGUGCCCAACCUGAGUCUUUUUGGAGACGUUAUCGGUGACGCUUUUGCUCUGGCCAUUGUUGGUUAUGCUGUAUCUAUUUCGCUUGGGAAAACAUUUGCACUGAAGCACGGAUACAAGGUGGACAGUAACCAGGAGCUGGUGGCACUGGGUCUCAGUAAUGCAGUGGGAAGCUUCUUCCAGUGUUUCUCUGUCUGCUCCUCCAUGUCUCGAAGUCUCGUCCAGGAGACCACCGGAGGAAAAACUCAAAUGGCUGGAGUGGCUUCUGCUCUGAUCGUACUGGUGACGAUACUAAAACUUGGGAUGUUGUUCCAGGAGCUGCCAAAGGCCGUCCUCGCAUCGAUUGUGCUUGUGAAUUUGAAGGGCAUGUUCAAGCAGUACUCUGACGUCGUUACACUGUGGAGGAGAAGCAAAAUGGAUCUGGUGGUUUGGUUAGUGACUUGGGUGUCAACGAUGCUGCUGAAUCUGGACCUGGGUCUGGCUGCGUCCAUCACCUUUGCUCUGUUCACGGUUACCUUCAGGACUCAGAUGCCGACAUACUCUGUUCUGGGAAGUGUUCCUGGUACAGAAAUCUAUGUGGACAUAGAGACACACAGAGAGGCCAGAGAGGUUCCAGGUGUUACUAUUUUCCGCUCCUCUGCUACAGUUUAUUUUGCCAACGCUGAACUCUACCUGGAGGCCCUGAAAGAAAAGAGUGGGCUUGACAUUGGUAAAAUGAUUAUCUAUAAGAGGAGGCAGGAGGCCAAACAGAGGAGAAGAGAAAGGAGAGCUGAAAGACGAGCAAAGAGGCAGGCUAAGGGAGAGAAACAGGUACAGAAAGCAGCUAAGCAACAUUCUGGGCCUCCGGAGAUCUCAGUGGAGGAGGAUGAGGCAGACGACUGGAGAGACACACACAUAGACAUGACGGCUGCAGAGGAGGAGGAACAGAGCCGGACCGAGAGAGGGAACGGGACAGUGUUUGUGAUCCCAACCGCUCCCCGGACGCCCGACGGUUGCUCCAGGUGGGAGUACCUCAAAGGAGGACAUCCAGACAGCACCAGUUUGGGUUGGAUGUCGGAGCUGCAGGACGGGGACACCACCACUCUGGGCUCCAGCAGCGAGGACACUCUGAGUCGGGAUCUAGAGCAGGUGUCUCUUGGGUCUCUUGGGAAGUGGACGUGGGACAUUCACUCCAUCAUCCUUGACCUAUCCACGGCUAACUUCAUUGACACUGUGGCCAUACAGACACUGAAAAAUAUCUUCCGCGACUUCAGUGAGAUUGAUGUGGAUAUCUACUUUUCUGGAUGUCAAGCGUCUGUUGUAGAACAACUGGAGCGUGGUGAUUUCUUCUCGGAAGCUCUAAGAAAACAGCAUCUUUUUGUGUCCGUUCACGAUGCUGUGCUCUACUGCCUCAACCAUCGUGGGGCGGCAUCGCUUCCCAGAUACGACCCAACGCAGGUUCUGCAGUGCGGCACAAAAUUUUAAAGGCAACAAAAUAUCAAACGAAAAGGAAAAGAUGAAUGUGAAGGAAGCUGUUAAAUUUCAUUUGGAGGUGAAUGAACAUGAGCAGAAUGAAGUUUAAACAGGUAUUAGGAACUAGUUAUAUAAAACAUACAGUGCAGUGCAGGAGUCAACGUUUAUUUCUUCAUGUUUUGACUUUUUUAAUCCUUUAAACUUGUUGGUUCCAGGUCUUCUGGUGGAUUUUUAGUAAUUUUUUGGACUUUGUAACUCAUGUUUUGUUUUGUAUCUGUCUAUUGGGAGGAUUGUUUUGUUUAUCAAACUUCUAACUACAUUCAUUUUGUUCAAUUAGCCUUCAGAACUGACAGAAGGAACCUGUGUUGUUGUUACAGACAACACUAAACCUGUUUCAGAUUUGAUAUUUGGGCAUCUUGUUACCAGCAACCUUUCACACAUUUGUUCGUAUUUCUAAAUCUUACAAGUUUGCUAUGUUGCACAAAACAUUUUUAUUUUUGCACCGAUGGUAUGAUUCCUAAAUUUCAACAUUAAUUUGGAAAGAAAAAGAAAUACUAUAAUAAUUUUAAAAUUUAAGGUAGAUUUUCAUGCAAUAGCAUAUUCUCACAAUGAGUUUUUUCUAAUUUACUUAGAUUUUUUUUUAACAAAAAGAAAAAGUCACAAUUAGUAGCAACUUUAAUGAUCCCUGCAAAAAAAAAAAAAAAAUCUAAAUUGGUACUCUUUAAGUCUAAUUAAGUGCUUGAUACAUUUUUUUUAAAUCAUGAUUUUAUUCUUCCCUGGGCUUUAAUUUUGAUGAGACCCAUAACCAUUCUUCAUCAAAAUGGGAAAAUUGCAUUUAAAUCAGGAAAUAACUGCUAGAGCAAAUUAGUGCUUCCUAAAAACAACUUUAAAAUGUCAAACUUUAACAACUAAGCCUAGAGCCACAUUUAUCUCGUCACUGCAUGCAGUGGAAGCACAACGUUAAGGAAGAUAAAACAGAUCUUAUAAAGCAACUGUUGGAAAACUGCAACAUUAUGCUACUGAAAAAUAUGUUCUAUGAAAUUCUACCUAUCUAAUUUUUCAUCUGAAAUUGAUGAAGUUGAAGAUCACACAGUGUAGAACAUGCAGUCAUUAAAAGGUACCAGAACUGGUCAGAAUACAUUAUGAAAAGCAGCCAAAGUCAAAAAUAUGUCUUUACAAAUUAAAAGAAGGUCUGUCACCUCAAUAGAAACACAUUAAGGACACAGUUUAAAUCCUUUGCGUAUGUUUUUGUUUUAAUUUUAUUGUCAUGUUAAAAUGUUAUCUAAGCAUAUUUAAAGUAUUGUUGGAAAAAAAGGAUUCAGAGGACUGUUGAGUUUCAUUACAUUUUAAUCGGUGCACGAACAGUGAGAAAGUGCAUUUUCAGAAAUUAUUUAAUAAAUAAAAUUAACUCUGGACAUCAUUUUCAUUCAUUGUGCAUUCUAGAAGAAAACAGUAGUAUUGUACUGAAGAGACAUAGACAAGGCAUCAUGCAUCACACCGAGAGGUGUGAGCUUCUUUUGGUAACAGCAGCUUUCACAAUCUUCUAGUGCAAAUGUUUGCUUGUAGCCACAGCAAAACCUUUUAAAUUAUGCAUGCAAAGAAAUGUGUCAUUUUAAGUUAACGUGUGUAACAUUUAGAGGAAUCUACUGGCAGAAAGGGAAGAUAUCACAAUAAUAUAAGAAACACUGUGCUAUUAUAAAAAAAAAAACUAGAUGUUUACAUUUAGAUUGUUUGAGUCGCUUUUUUGCAGGUUCCUGCAGUAUUUUUAGAGUGGAUCAGACAAACCCUGACUAUGUCUAUAAUU